AAUCAAUCCUUGUUUACAACCUUGUGCUGUCAAAUCAUUUAAAUUGUUUAUGAUUGAUUAGAAAUAAUGGAAGAAGUCGGUAUUAAUGACUCAUUUGUUUUUAUUAAAGAAGAAAAAACAGAUGAAACAGAGGUAUCUUGUAUGGGUGACUCUAAUUUUUCUAAUAAAGAAGAAAUUGAAGAUGAAAAUCACAUGAGUAAUUUCAAACAAGAGGAAGAAGAACCACAUAUCUAUUAUGGUGGACUUACCUAUGUGAAACAUGAAGGAGAAACACUUAUCUCAGAUGAUGGCGCAGAGGAUUCCAUUAAUGAGAUAGAAGACAUCAAUAAAUCUUAUUUAAAAGCUGAGUUAAAGAUUGAUUCAAAAGAACAUAUUUAUCAUCAUGGAGAAGUGAAGCCUUAUCAAUGUUCUCAUUUUGGUCCUGUCUCCUGUAGAUCUAUGAGGAAACCAACCGUCCAGCAGGUAACUUGUACUCAUCAACAGGAGCAUUUCUGUCAAAGAAUGGCUUGUAAACCAGAUACCUCCUCAGUACAGCGACAACGCGUGAAGAAGUUCAAAACAGGUACAUGCUCAUGAAUAACAAUGUAAAUAAUAAAAUCACAAUAUCACGCAUUUCGAAAUAAAAAAAACAAAAGAAAAAUAUUUUUAUUUAAUUAACCUCAUUCAUUUAAAAAUCAACACUAAAUUAUGAAAAUUCUAUCAUAAUCUGAAAAGAAAAUGGAUCUUUAUCAUUCAUUACACCAAAGAAACAAUUAAUUUUCAUGUAACAAUAUACAUAAAAAUAAAUUUUAAAAAAAUAUGUUAAAAAA